AGAACAGCUGAUCACAUUUUUACAUCAGUUCAAUCAAUAAAUUAGAGGAAAUAAGUAGCUUCGGGUCUCUUGAAUUGUUUUUUUAACGGAAUUUCCCACUUUCGCAUUUACUGGUUUUUACAGAAGUCGUUCAACUUUGAAAUUGUACCCGCUGUGCGAGUGUCCAUACCGAGAAAGCAUACAGCAAGCUUCACAAUGGCAAGUGUAAGUGCCGUAAUCGAGCGCAUCAAUUUCCGUUUCAAAGUGGAAAAUGUGAGUCAACUGCGAGAACUCUUUUCACCAGAAGUUACCAUCCAUGGAAUUCCAUGGCAAGUUCAAGUUGUUAAAGAUGGGCAAUGGCUUGGCGCAUAUUUAUAUUGCGCAAAGAAUGACAAAACGUCGAAUCGGAACCAUGCAGCAUUUGCAACAUUCAAGCUUAUGUCAUUCCUUGCCCAUUUUCGUGCAUUUGAAUAUUCCUUAUCACCGCACGUAUUCGAAAGUGGUGGACCAGGACACGGUACCGCAUGCCUUAUGAAGUGGGAUAAUUUGAUGGACGGAAGAAAAGGUUAUGUGAAAGAUGAUACGGUUGUGCUGAAUAUCGCGAUUGAGGUCGCCGACCCAAAUGAAAUGAGCCCGCCCAUUUUGAUUUGUACGAAUGUUGAAAAAAGUUGCGAUGAACUCUGCUGGUCAACAUUCCGAUUAACAAUUGGAAACAUCAAGAACCUCAUGGCCGUUCGAUCACAACAGUUGCGAAUUCGAAACCUUCCUUUCCGGUUCAGUGUUUACAAGGAUGAUACGAAAAAGCUGGGCUUAUCCUUACUGUCCGAAUGGAAUUCGAAUUCUUCAUGCAGAAUUCACAUGAUAGCCAGACUGAUUUCGUCGAAUCCGAAUUACGAUAUCGAAGACGACCGCAGCCAAACUGUUCACAAACAGACUGCGAUUAAUAUUGACAGAUUUGUGUCUUUGCACGUAUUGAUGAUGCCUAAAAACGGAUACGUCAAUAAAAAUGGUGUCAUUGUCAUCGAAGUGGAAAUCAAAGCCUCCCAACCGGAAGGUGCUCACCCAAAUGUUUCGAAAAAUGAAGACCAAAAACCGGCAGACUUAAGUCUUGCCCAAAUGGAAUGUCCGAUCUGUUUCGAAUGCAUCCGUCGAAAGGAGGUGUCAUCUGUGCCGUGCGGUCAUGUAUUUUGUACGAGAUGCAUCACCAAUGUCAUCGAAACAAUCGGAAAAUGUCCGACGUGCAGUAAAACGGUCAAUUUGCGCGAUGUGCAGCCUGUCUAUUUGCCCAUCACCCAGUGGGUAUAGACCAA